UUCUGUACUAAAAAGGUCCCAAAAACAAUUUUGUGUUUAUUGGAAUAAAGAAAGAAAAGAGUCAACAAGAUGGCUUGCAAAAUGAUUGGGAUGGUUCUAGCCAUGGUCCUUGUGGUCUCAAUAUGUGGUGGAGCCAUGGCUCAAUCACGGUGCACCAGUGCCCUUAUGGGCAUGUCUUCCUGCCUCAACUUUAUUACUGGAAACUCAUCCACCCCUGCGUCUUCGUGUUGCUCGCAGCUCGCGAACAUGGUUCGGUCUCAGCCGCAGUGUCUUUGUCAAGCGCUGAGCGGGUCCGGUAUCUCUCUCGGAAUCAGUAUUAACCGUACACUGGCUUUAACGCUUCCUGGUGCUUGUAAUGUGCAAACUCCACCCGUCAGCCAGUGCAACGCUGCAAACGCACCAUCUGCAACUUCUACGCCUAGCCCGGUUGCUUCUCCUGAAGGGUCUACAUCAGAACCAGAUAUCUUGCCCGAAAGUCCGUCGGAAUCGGAUACUCCAUCAGGAUCAGGGUCAAAGACAGAUGGCUCCACAUUUAACGGAAGCAAAUCAAGAGCGCCUGUUCAUUUAUUGGCGUUCAUUUUGUUUGUGGUCUCGUGGGCUUCCACUACUGCUAGUUUUUGAAUUUUACUGUCAUUCUUUGUUUUUCCAAAUUCUAAAGAAGCUUGAUUUCUUCUUGAUGUUCGAGGGUGUGAUUAUGUACCACAAGAGCGAGUGAUUUGUUAUUUUGAUGUGAUGAGAUUGUGUGAUUUGUAGUAUAUGUUCUCGUUAUCAA